CCGUGAGAAUUGUUACAGGUGUGUGGUUAUAUACGAGAAGCAUCCCAACGUUUUACAGUAUAGAGAAACGUAUUGUGAUGAAGAACAGACGUUAGAAACAGCCUGCGCUAGACUUACUGUAGAUGCACAGCUCUACUCCAUGUUUAGAGUGGAGGCUCCUUCAGUGGAAUGCCCUUUUAGAGGGCCAUUCACUUUCACUUACAGUAGAGGUCAGGGAGAAUGCAAAUAUCCACUUUCUACGGUCGAUGCUUGUACAGAUGAUUCUCAUCUUCUCUUCAGGUUUCAAGCUUGCGCUGAAGUCCCUGGAACUGAAAGCAGUGUGGAGGAACUAAAAUGUUUAGCAAUCUGGAAGGAAGGUUCAGUACAUUAUUUGGUAGGGAAAAUGACAAAGCAGAGAAUUGUCAACGUUCAUGGAGAUGAGGAUACUUAUCGAUGUUUUGUAGGUAUUUUUAACCAAUAA